AUGUUGGCGAGGUGCUGCCGCCGGCGUCAGUACAGCGGACAAGCAGGAGCUUCGACAUCGCCAGCUGCGAGCUCGGGGCCCGGUAGCGGCGCGGCGGGAGCUCUGGCCCCCUUUGUUAAUGAGCUGGAUCGUAUCGCUCCCCGAUUCGAUAUUCGAGGCGAACAGAUCCAAAUCAUCAAGACGCCCGCCGACUUUUACGAGACGCUCAAGAACCGCAUACGCAAUGCCAAGAGCCGCAUCUUCUUGUCGACAUUAUACGUUGGCAAGACCGAGGGGGAACUUAUCGAGACGCUGUGCGACGCCCUGCGCGCCAACCCGGAGCUCAAGCUGAGCGUGCUGACGGAUGCGCUGAGGGGAACGCGAGAAGCGCCCCGGCCUUCCUGCGCUUCGCUGCUAGGUCCGCUGGUCGAGGAGUUUGGGGACAGCCGCGUUGAGGUGCGCAUGUAUCAUACGCCCAACUUGACGGGGUUGCGCAAGAAGGUGGUGCCCCAGAGGAUUAAUGAGGGAUGGGGGCUGCAGCACAUGAAGCUGUACGGUGUUGAUGACGAGAUCAUCAUGUCUGGUGCAAAUCUAUCCUCGGACUACUUCACCAACCGCCAGGACAGAUACCACCUCUUCUCGUCGGCUUCUGUGACAGAGCACUUUUGGCGCAUUCACCAGGCUGUCGGCAGCUUCAGCUUCCUUCUGCAGCCGGCCAAGGACGACGAGGCGGGCUUCACCCUCGGAUGGCCGCAGUCCAACUCGGCGCCGUCCCCGCUCGAGAAUCCCGAGUCGUUUGUCAAGGCGGCGACUGCCGUCCUCACGCCUCUCAUCCUGCCGAAAUCCAAACCGGUCAACCGCCUGUCCUCGUCCUCGUCCUCUCCUGAGUCCGUGCCCGACUCGGACACAACCGUGUACAUGAUGGCCCAGCUCUCGCAGGUAAUGAAGCCCAACGUGUCGACGGAGCUGCCCGCUAUCACGCACGUCCUCAAGACGCUCGCGUCUCCCGAGUACCGAGACUCGUCGUGGACCUUUACAGCGGGCUACUUCAACCCUGCUCCGUCCCUGACUAGUCUACUCCUGGAGACGGCGUCGUCGGCCCGUCAGAACACCGUCAUCACGGCCGCCCCUGAGGCGAACGGCUUCUACCGCUCCCCCGGUGUGUCGGGUAUGCUGCCGGACGCGUACGUCCUGCUGGCACGCCGCUUCCUCACCGCCGUCCAGGGCUACGGAAAGCAGUCCGACAUCUCCCUCAAGGAGUGGCGCAACGGUACCGCUGGCCAGCCAGGGGGGUGGACGUACCACGCCAAGGGCCUGUGGAUCACGCUGCCCGGUGACACGGACCCGGCUAUCUCUCUUGUCGGAAGCUCCAACUACACACGCCGCAGCUACACGCACGACCUAGAGGCUGGCACGCUGAUUGUCACGCGUGAUGAGGGUCUCAAGGCCAGACUGGGCCAGGAGCAGCUGUGGCUGCAGGAGCAUGCCAAGCCUGUCACGCAGGAUGACUUUGCCAGGAAUGAUCGGAGGGUCGGGCUGCAUGUGCGUGUUGCCAUGUGGAUUGUCAAGAUGGUGGGAGGAGCUUUGUGA